CUUGGAUCUGUUUGUUGUGACAUCUUUAUUGCUGUUUUUAACUUAUGUGAUCAGAGUUGAGUCUUCUUUGUUACAAACUCCAUCACACUGAAGGCAUUCAGAAAGCUUUAAAGCACGUAACAAUCGGUGCUGGACAGCGGCUUGCAAGAACUGUGUAUCUUUUCCUGUCCAGAAUGCUAGCAGAUGUCAGAACUCGCUCAGUGCAGGGGAAUGAGAUACAAAUAAGUAUUGAAAGUAUAGAAGAAACAUUAAAGGUGGUCUUUUCAGUAGUGCUGGUGUAACAAAAUGGAAAUACUUCGUUACAAAAGGCUACAUAAGUAGAAAAUGAAAAGACUAAACCUAUCUGGUAUAUAAAUGCCAAGAAGAAUUUAAGUCUGUAUCUUCUCUGCUUACCGCAUGCAGCUCAAAAGCAGAAAAUGAGCCACUGAAAGCAAACUGAACAAAAAAAACUAGAGUUAACUGCAGCAUUUUCACUCCUGUUGCACAACCAGUUUAUCUCACAGUAGCACCAUGACUUCUCAGUAGAAAAAAUGGGGUGAGGUAGAAACGUGCAGCAUUCUUUGCUAAUUUGCUUGUGGCACUACAAUUGCUUUGAAGUCACUGAGCAGCAGAAGAGCAGCGGAUGAGAUUUCCGAGUUCACUGCAAGUACAUACAUACAGCUCAAUACUCACUGUCUUGCAAAUAAGCCUCUUUGAUUAUGCAAGUGAAUGGAAUCUACUGGCAAAUCUGUACACAUCUGUCUUAGGAAUUUUUAUGAUGCAAGAUAAGUGUUAAAGAAUGAAUGCUUGCAGUAAACCUUGUACCCUUGCUUUUUGUGAGGUAGUUAAAAGCAACCCAGAAGACUUAUGUUUUAAUACUCACAGCUUCUAUGUGUCAGCAAAGAACUGUUUCACAGUUAAUCUCAUUCAUAGGUCUACCAUUAGAUUUAUUGUUACCACAGAAUGUUCCUUGGACUGCCUUACUGUCCUUCAGGAGUUUUAUACUUCCAACUGAAGUAUGAGCACCUUAGAAAGCACACCUUAGAAACAUAUUAGAAAGGAAAAACAAACAGCGACAACAAAACAUUUCAGUGAGUAUAGUCAGAAGUUCUGAGUUUAUAGUUCAUCAUGGCCAUGCAAGAAAAAUACUCAGUGGAUUGCUGCAUAUUGCACAGUAGUUUAAAUUCUGCAUAGCCAUUCUACUUUAUUCUGCUUAUGAAGAGAAGGCUCCCAGGAGAUCUAGUAGUAGCCUUCCAGUACUUACAGUGGCUCUACAGAGGUAGAUAAGGAGGGACUUUAUCAGGGAGAGCAAUGACAAGAGAAGAAGUAAGAGUUCUAAACUGAAAAAGAGUAGAUUUAUGUUAAGGAUGAAGAAAAAUAUUUCGUGACGAACAUGGUGAGGCAUUGGCACAGCUGCCCAGAGGAGCUGUGGAUGCCCCAUCCCUGGAAGUGCUCAGGGCUGGGUUGGAUGCGGCCCUGGGCAGCCCUAUCUGGUGGGAGGCAACCAGCCCACAACCGAGGGCUGCAACUGGCUGGUCUGUAAGGUCCCUUCCAACCCAAACCAUCUGAUGUCUAUCAUUUUUUGCUGUAAGCUCUCUUAAUUUCAAUAGGCAUGCUACAAAAAAAUAGUUUCUUGCACUUCUUAUUUCUACUUAUAAGUUACUUAAAAAUAUAACUUUGUCAAAUGUUUUCCUUAUUAGCCGAGAUGCCCAGACAGUUCCCAAAGCUGAACAUAUCUGAAGUUGAUGAGCAAGUGCGACUUCUAGCAGAGAAGGUAUUUGCUAAAGUUCUCCGAGAAGAAGACAGCAAAGAUGCCUUGUCACUAUUCACUGUGCCUGAAGACUGCCCUAUUGGGCAGAAAGAGGCCAAGGAAAGGGAACUUCAGAAGGAACUGGCAGAACAACAGUCUGUGGAAACAGCAAAAAGGAAGAAAAGUUUCAAGAUGAUUCGAUCUCAGUCUUUAUCAUUACAAAUUCCAUCUCAGGAAUGGAAAGCACCAUCGGCUAUUCCUACCCUGUCUCCUACAACACCAGUUCUUCAACAUGCUUUCCUGCCAGUCCAGGUGCCAUAUGAUGUACCGGAGUUUCAGAGAGUUUCAAUUAGUGGGGACUACUGUGCAGGGGUUACAGUUGAUGAUUAUGAGCAAGCCGCCAAGAGCCUGGUGAAAGCUCUUCUCAUUCGAGAAAAGUACUCACGCCUUGCAUACCAUCGCUUCCCAAGAACAACAUCCCAGUAUUUGUGUAGCAUGCAACAAGAAAAGUGGAAGGUUGAAGAUGAAGUGUGUCCACAUUUUCAUCCACUGACAAAAGCCUGGAAAGACCAGGCCAGCUCAGCUGAAAUGUUUUGUAAUAAAUACUGACUCUCAAAAUAUGUUUGCAAAAUAAAUGUUUCUCCAACAUUUUCAGUUCACUUUUGCUUUCAGAUGACAGCUUGCAAAUUACAUGUAGCUUUCUGGCAAUUGUAAAACUGUUAAUAUUUUUUCAUGCUUUCCUAAUGUGGUGUAAUAACAAACAAACAAAUGUCUGGGUCUUAAUCUCUGAGGUCCAGGAGCACUGGCAGAAACAGGAUAACAAACAUAAUGAAUCUUAUCUGUUAGUUCAGGAGCAAAUUAAGCAGUUCAUCAAACAAACAUGAUUAUUGUCCUUUAAUAGGUGGUUACUGUCACAGGACUUACUGUGGAACACAAACACCCAAAGACUACAAGGCCACUGUGUGAUCCAUCCAAUUGUUGUCAAAGGAAAGGAUAAGAGAGUGCCUGGGUUCCUCAUUUCCUCACAUGACCUGGCUCCUGUGGCUCUCUGCUAGAAAGCGGCAACCCCUCAGAGGCCACUAUGCUUCCCUGUCUGUAUAUAAGGGCUCAGGAACAGAUCUGAGUCUGCACACUGGAAGAAGACAGCUGCACCUUGUAAAGUGUAUUUGUUCUCUUCGGAGCCAAGGAAAAAAUGAUGGAUUUCUAUGUUC